UUUUAUCAAGCAAUCUACCGUUAGUUACUUCAGAUAUGAACUGCUAAUUUUGUUGAAGAAAGAAGAAGGCAUUUCUAAGAGAGGUAUAUCUCAAGUACAGAAGGUAAAUGCCUCUGCUCGAAAAAAAAUGUCUGUAUGGAGAAUGGCCUUUUGGGUUGCUCUGAGUGUCUUACUAGGCUGGUCACACGUAAAAACAAAGUGGCUCCCAGAACCUCAAAUAUGGAUGAAGAAUGAGGAUCUGGUUUGGAAAUCUGUGAUUAGGAGCAAAUCUAAUAUAAUACUAGUGUAUAUAUGUAAGCUAUAUAGAUGAUGACAUGUUCCAGAAGCAGUUGACAUUUUGAUCUUGAUCCAAGGGGUCCAUUUGUACUUUGCCUUUGAUUCCAAAUGUAAAGAAAAAAGUCCUUCAAUCAAUUACACUUCAAUCUGAUUAGUUGGGGUUGACUAUGUGACCAAUCUGUCCAGUAUUUAGAGAAUUCAUAUUAUAAUUAGACUGUUUUUUACGUUGGCCGUCAAGUGAUUGCACCCUUCUCCGUCAUCCAGCUUGGACAAGGAGUGCUUUGCAAAGCUCACAUAAAAGGACUUGCUCCAAAUUUGCUCCGGAAUCUGGAAAAAUGGAAAUUCUCUUACACUAACUAAUGUGGUAGGUGUAAUCAUCGAAUAGUAUCACAAGGAGCGAGAAGAAGAACUUUGAGUAUUCCACUAACUAGCUUGCACAGAUAUCUGUCUCAGAUCAUCUUAUAAAUGGCUGCUCCACUGCAAAGACAAAGAAUAUUUCAUACAGUGAAUUACGAAGAGCAACCAACAACUUCCAUCAAAGUAAUAAAAUAGGGCGAGGAGGUUUUGGAAUAGUAUACAAGGGAACUCUAAGAAAUGGAAUGGAAGUUGCUGUGAAGACGCUUUCUGCUGAAUCGAGACAGGGGUUGCGUGAAUUUUUGACAGAGAUUGAAACUAUAUCAGAUAUCAGACACCCCAAUCUGGUUGAGUUGAUUGGAUACUGUCUUGAUGGAACUAACCGGAUCUUGGUCUAUGAAUAUUUAGAAAAUAAGAGCCUUGAUCGAGCACUGUUUGGUUCCAGUACAAGUAAUGUCAAAUUAGACUGGGACACAAGGGCUGCUAUUUGCUUGGGUACCGGUACUGGUCUUGCUUUUCUACAUGAAGAAUUAGUGCCACAUAUAGUGCACAGGGACAUCAAAGCUAGUAAUAUACUACUUGAUAAGGAUUAUAAACCAAAAAUUGGAGAUUUUGGACUGGCAAAGCUUUUUCCAGAUAAUAUCACUCACAUCACCACACAGAUAAAAGGAACCACUGGCUAUCUGGCACCUGAAUAUGUAAUGGGCCGUCAAUUAACAUCCAAGGCUGAUGUUUACAGUUUUGGGGUCCUAUUACUUGAAACAGUAAGUGGUAGGAGUAGUGGCAGUGGUACAUGGCAAGGGCAGAAGUCACUCCUAGAAUCGGCAUGGGAGUUCUACGAAGAGGGAAAGCUGUUAGAGUUGGUCGAUCCAGAAAUGGGCGAUUUUCCAGAAAAAGAGGUCCUCAAGUACAUUAAGGUAGCUCUCUUUUGCACACAAGAAAAGGCAAAUCGAAGACCGAUAAUGAGCCAGGUUCUCGACAUGCUCACAAGAAACAUCAAGCUAAACGAGGAAGAACUCACACCACCAGGAUUUUUCCAAGAUUCGGGUGGUUUCAGUAGCACACAACUAAAACUGAAGUCAUCUGAAAGCAGCACAAGUCAUCAAAUGAGUUCUGUUCCCCUUACAAUCACUCAGGUGACACCUAGAUAAUCAAUUACUCUUUGUGAAUGGCAAUUGAAUUUAUUUAGGAAGAAAUUAUUAUUACCCCGCGGGGCUUUGGUCAGUGAUAAAGGAUGCAACACGUGAUAUGUGGAUUAAGUGCACUUCAUGAGUAUGAUCGUGCAGCAAAUGAAGUCUAGUAUGUAAGUCCGAAAGAGGAUAUUUGGAAGGUCCAUACACCCCGGAGUUUCGAAUGUGUGCACCAACUAGAGUUGUGGCAGAAGCUAGAAGCCCUAGGAAAUUCUUUCGUAUCAAUGAAAGAAAUCAUUUUCACUUAAAUAAUACUCGAUUUUUCUUUCUGAUUAUUUGGUUUUGUCCUUAAAGGAGUUCGUGUUUUUAUCAAUCUAAACAGUCUCUUCUCUUGUAUGCAUAGAAUGAGAAGACAAGUCAAAUUGUAUAAUCUUUAUUUUUAAAUUUUUAUUUUACUUCUUUUUUCCCUUCA